AAUAAAUGUAUAGAACUCGGUAUCUUAUUUUGAAAAUCACCUCACAGCGGAUGUAAUUCAUCGCUUCCGGAAGUAGCGAGUUAUCGCAUUGUUAUGUUUCUUUCAGAUUGGUGCCUUCUAGUAUUGUUGACAAUGUUCGUUUAAUUUUUAUUACAAGUUAACUUGUCUGGAAAUAACCUACACGUCUUGCUAACACAAUAACCACAUGACGUGUUUUUUGGAAGGGAAAACGAUAGAGGAAACGUACGGAGCUAAUGUAGCUAACGUUAGCUACCUGACAACGACUAGCCUCAGUUUCAGGAUGUCUAAGCUUGAACGUCUAAACGCUCGUGUGGCCAAGCUCCUGACUGAAGCGGUGCAGGAGGUUCUGGAGGUGGUGAAGGAGACGGUGUCAGAGUACCAGGAGAAAACUGCCAGAACACAGAGAGAGAACGAGAGCCUGAAGAGGAAGCUUCAGGAGCUCCAGGAGAACAUAACAAAAGAGAUAAUAGAUGUCUUACCUACAAGUUGUCCGUUGCCUGAAGAAAAAGAAGACGCUCAAAAUCAAAAGCAGGAUUUGGGGCUUUCUUUGAGGCAGGACUCAGACCCACCUCUCGCAGAGCAAAAACAGAUAAUCGUCCACACAAAUGAACAAAAUGUGAAGCAGGAAUCGCAACAACAGGAGAGCUACGACAACACUGAAUUACAAACUGAAUCCAACUCAGCGCAAACAACAGAACAUUGCCUACUACAACCAGAGGAGGUGGCACACAUUAUUGAGGAAGCAGUGAGUGUUCAGACAUUGCACAAUGAAAAUGGAGACCUCAGUGCAGUCACAUCCUAUAACGUGUGCACCCCUCACUCCAGCACUUCACUCGAGGUAAACCUGGCAGUUAUCAAAAGAGAGUUAGAACUAACAGAGUGCACAACAACAGAACCACCAUCUCUUCAAGAACAACAUAGCAGUGUGGAUUUAAGCUGCAACUCUUCUCGCCAGAACUCUGCUGAAACACACCGGCCACAAGCUAGUGCUGAAACUAAAGGACAUGUCUUUGUCCACUCAAAUCAAGCCAUACAAAGGAGGCAUGGCUUCGCAAAAACCAACAGCGGUGCGUUCGAUGGGAGAAAAAGCCGCAUGGAGCACUUCAGGGGAGAAGAAUCCCACCUGUGUGUUGUGUGUGGAAAGACAUUCAGCAGGGUGGGGAACUUGAGAAUCCACCAGCGGUGUCAUACGGGAGAGAAGCCGUAUGGGUGCGUUCAGUGUGGGAGACGUUUCAGUCAGGCGGGAGACCUGAAAAAACACAAGAGGGUCCACACGGGGGAGAAACCGUACUACUGCAGCCAGUGUGGGAAGAGCUUCAGCCGGGGGGAGAAUCUGAAAAGACAUCAGAAGAUUCACAUUGGAGAGAUACUACAGUUACAGCCAGUGUGGAGGGAGCAACAGCAAUGAUUUUUAUAUAAGACUUCAAUGAGCACGCUUACCAUGUAGAACUCAUGUAGAACUCAUGUAGAAGUCCGGCAGUGGCUCAGUCAGUAGGGGAUUGGACUGUGAGCCGCAGGGUCGCCGGUUCAAGUCCCCGAC